GAAUGCUUCUGACAGAUGACAUUCUCGACAACAUUGUCACCCAGACCAACUUGUAUGCAGCGCAGUACAUCUCCACCCACAACCUCCCUCCUCGGUCGAGAGUCCACGGUUGGUCACGAGAGCCAUUCACCAGAGAGGAGCUGCAGAAGUUCAUCGCCCUCAUCAUCAUAAUGGGCCUGGUCAAUUUGCCAACAAUUGAAGACCACUGGGUGACAACAUGGCCUUACUCCAGUGAAGCAUGCAGCAAAGUCCUGAGUCGAGACCGUUUCUCCCUCAUCAUG